AUGCCGUCCAAUGAAACCAGAACAUGUUACUGCCAGAAGUAUUGCCAAGCUCCGCCAGAAGGUCGCAAUAUUCCAUUAUCAAGUUGGUAUCGACAUCAACGUGCCCUUAAAGAGCAAGCCUGUGGAGAGGGUGGAGAGCCGCCAGAGUUUCGAAGGCGACGAAAGACUCAGUCGAAUAAUCUUGCAAACGGCGAAGCUGACGCAGGUUCCAGUACUGCCGUGCACAACGUUGAAACUGAAGGCGCUUCAGCUGGUGGGCUCGACAACAACAACAACAAUCCUACAUUUGAAAAUGGCCGUUGCCCGACUGAACCUCUUGAAGAUUUUUUCGACAACUACACCUUUCCUUCUGAAGAUUUCGGACACAACGUUGAGGAGGAGCAUGUAGAACCUACCGAUGAUUUCAACCUCGAUGGAGAAGAGACGGUCCCGGCAACGUCGAUUACAUUAGACGACCUCUUGAUGCACGAAGAACUGCUGGAACAGAUCCGGUCCUACGACUUCGAAGCCGAGAGGGAGCAAUGGAAUGAUACUGAAUUUGACUGCUUUGUAGACCCACCCGAAGGCAUUUGGGCUACUGACGACCCUGAUAUUAAAUUCUCCUUCCAGUGUUAUCUCUCCCUCUCAGCCCACUGUUCCGAAAAUGCAUACAAAGCAGUCCGCCAGUUCGUUGCGGCAGGAUAA